AUGUUCUCUCCCGUCUGCUACCUGCGCGAAGAAGACAUCAUGGGUAACGAACCGCCCCUCCGAAUCGGCUACGUGCCCGAGAACUUCUCGACGCCCAUCUACUUCGCCAAGAAGCACUUCGGGCUCUCGGCAGAGCUCGUCGCAUUCCCCUCCGGCACCGGCCACAUGAUCACCGCGCUGAGGGCCGGCGACAUCGACGUCGGCAUCGGCUUGACGGAGGGCUGGGUGGCCGGCCUAGGCAAGGAAGACGUCACCGGAGACGGGGGCUACCGGCUGGUUGGGACAUACGUCGAGACACCCCUCUGCUGGGCAAUCUCCACCGGCGCCAAGCGCCCCGAAAUAACAUCAGUCGAGUCCCUCAAGGGCGGCAAGAUCGGCGUCUCGCGCAUCGGCUCGGGCAGCUACGUCAUGGGUUUCGUCCUCGCCGACAAGCACGGUUGGCUUUCUCCGGAUUCGGAUUCCUCCCCCUACUCGGACACGGUCGUGCUCAACACGUUUGAGCACCUGCGCGGGGCGGUCAACUCGGGCGAGGCCGACUUCUUCAUGUGGGAGCACUUCACGUCCAAGCGGUACUACGACUCGGGCGAGAUCCGCAGGGUCGGCGAGAUAUACACUCCCUGGAGCAGCUGGAAGAUCGUCGCCUCGACGGCGCUCGUCGGGGAGUCGGCGCCGGACCCGAGGGUGGCGGACCUGUUUGACAAGCUCGACAGGGGGAUAAGGUACUUCAAGGAGAACAAGGAGGAGGCCGUGAAGUACAUCAGCACCGAGCUGGACUACUCGGAGGAGGACGCGAGGGAGUGGCUCAAGACGGUCAGGUUCCCCGAGCACACCGCGGGCGUCGAUGGCGCCGUCGUGAAGGAUACCGUGCAGGUCUUGCGCAAGGCUGGCGUCUUGGUCGAGGGGAAGGGCCUCGAGCCCGGCGCCAUGAUUGCAAAGACACGCUGA